AUGAUUCUGCUUCCUACACACUCUAUUGGUAUCAAACCCACUCGGCUGGAAAUGGCUGGUGACAUGGCAUUCUGGGGGUUUGGAGGCUUUCUAGUGCAGACCUGGCAGAACGGCAUCAUGAAAAGACCAUUGCUUUCUAAGCCUCAUCUUCAUUUGGUCUGCAGUGCUAUUGGUGCAGGUGUGGGCUACCUUAUCCACAGACAUUAUUCUGGGCAAAUGGACUAUCUCGAGAAACAGCGGGAUAUGCUGGUCCGACGCAGAAUGGAUCGUAUGAAGCGAGACGGCCUUCUCGACUAA